GACGUAACGGCGCUCCGCUCGCAGCCUGUGAGGGUUCAGUUCAGUUGAUGUCGUUCGUGGGUCGCAGGGUUCCGCUGUUGGUGCUGUACACAGUCACUGUCCGCUGUCCUCUCGCAGUCCUGAAGCCCGUUCGGCUCGCCUGUAGCAUAAUAAACUUAAGAACUAGCACACACUGCACCGCUUUCUUCCGCGUACCGGGCCAAAAUCCAGCAGCUAUGACCGAAAAGAGGCCCUUCGUUCGGUUACCGACCGACGUGUGCCCCGUUAACUACGGCUUGUGCCUGAAACCCGACCUGAUUAACUUCACGUUCGAGGGCAAGCUGGAGGCUCAGGUGGAGGUUACACAAGCCACAAAUCAGAUUGUGAUGAACUGUGCUGACAUCGACAUCAUCACAGCCUCCUUUGCUCCACAGGGAGGAGUCGAAAUUAAUGCGACAGGAUUCAACUAUCAGAAUGAGGAUGAGAAAGUCACUCUGUCUUUUCCAAGCCCUCUGCACAAAGGCUCCGGCACAUUGAAGAUAGACUUUGUGGGGGAGCUGAAUGACAAAAUGAAGGGGUUCUAUAGAAGUAAAUACACAACCUCCGGAGGAGAAACUCGCUAUGCUGCGGUCACACAAUUUGAGGCCACGGAUGCUCGCAGAGCUUUUCCCUGUUGGGAUGAGCCGGCCAUCAAAGCCACGUUUGACAUCACUCUGAUAGUGCCGAAGGAUCGAGUCGCCUUGUCAAAUAUGAACGUCAUUGAACGAAAGCCGCAUCCAGAGGACCAGAACCUUAUUGAAGUGAAGUUUGACACCACACCCAUCAUGUCCACAUACCUUGUAGCUUUUGUGAUUGGCGAAUACGACUAUGUAGAGAGCCAGUCGUCAGACGGCGUAACGGUCCGUGUCUACACGCCCGUUGGGAAGGCAGAACAAGGCAGAUUUGCACUGGAGGUUGCGACAAAAACCUUACCGUUCUACAAGGACUACUUCAGUGUCCCUUAUCCUUUGCCUAAAAUUGAUCUUAUAGCCAUCGCCGAUUUUGCUGCUGGUGCCAUGGAAAACUGGGGCCUUGUUACCUACAGGGAGACGGCGCUUCUGAUUGACCCGAAGAACUCAUGUUCAUCCUCCAGGCAGUGGGUGGCUUUGGUUGUCGGACACGAACUGGCCCACCAGUGGUUUGGAAAUCUGGUCACCAUGGAAUGGUGGACUCAUCUGUGGCUCAAUGAGGGAUUUGCAUCCUGGAUCGAGUAUUUGUGCGUGGACCACUGUUUCCCAGAGUACGACAUCUGGACCCAGUUUGUCUCGGCUGACUACACCCGAGCGCUGGACCUGGACGCUCUGGACAACAGCCAUCCCAUAGAGGUAAAGGUCGGCCACCCCUCAGAGGUGGAUGAAAUCUUUGACGCCAUCUCUUACAGCAAAGGAGCGUCUGUGAUCCGCAUGUUGCACAAUUACAUCGGAGACGAGGAUUUUAGGAAAGGAAUGAAUGCUUACCUCCUGACGUUCCAACAUAAAAAUGCUUCUACAGAGGACCUUUGGAAGUGUCUGGAAGAGGUGAGCGGAAAACCCAUUGCUGCGGUGAUGAACUCUUGGACCAAGCAGAUGGGUUUCCCCAUCAUAGUGGUCGACCAGGAAUGGGUUGGUGACGAAUGCGUCCUUAAGAUAUCUCAAAAAAAAUUCUGUGCCAGUGGGCCACACAACGAAGAGGACUGCCCCAGCUGGAUGAUUCCUAUUAGUAUUUGUACCAGCGGGGAUCCAAAAUGCAGCAAAGAGGUUCUGCUGGACAGUCCUGAGACAACGGUUAACCUGAGUGGAGUCGGCCCAGAUCAGUGGGUGAAGGUCAACCCCGGCACCGUGGGUUUCUACCGUAUCCAGUACAGUUCGUCCAUGCUGGACAAUCUGCUGCCUGGCAUCAGAGACCUGUCCCUGUCUCCUGUGGACCGGCUCGGCCUGCAGAACGACCUCUUCUCUCUGUCCCGUGCAGGAAUGAUCAGCACGGUGGAGGUGCUCAAACUGAUGGAGGCAUUUGUGAAUGAGCCGAACUACACGGUGUGGAGCGACCUCAGCUGCAACCUGGGCGUGCUGUCCUCACUGCUGUCGCACACUGACUUCCACGAGGACAUCCAGGAGUUUAUUCGGGACCUCUUCACCCCCAUCGGCCUCAAGCUGAGCUGGGACUGCAAGCCAGGGGAAGGUCACUUGGAUGCCCUUUUGAGGAGUCUGGUCCUGGGGAAGCUGGGGAAGGCAGGACACAAACCCACGCUGGAGGAGGCGCGGCGGAGAUUUAAAGACCACGUGGAUAGCACGCAGGUUCUUCCCGCAGACCUCAGGAGCCCGGUGUAUUUAACAGUGCUGAAGCACGGGGACGCCGCCACGAUGGACACCAUGCUGAAGCUGCACAAACAGGCCGAGAUGCAGGAGGAGAAGAACCGUAUCGAGCGCGUGCUGGGUGCCAUCUCUGCCCCAGAACUCAUCCAGAACGUCCUCACCUUUGCCAUCUCGGAGGAGGUUCGCCCUCAGGACACGGUGUCAGUCAUUGGUGGCGUGGCAGGAAGUAGUAAACAAGGCCGGAAAGCUGCCUGGAAGUUUGUCAGGGACAACUGGGAGAUGCUUUACAACCGCUACCAGGGCGGCUUCCUCAUAUCACGACUCAUCAAGGUGACUGUUGAUGGGUUCGCUGUCGAUAAAAUGGCUGCUGAAGUGAAGAGUUUUUUUGAGAGCCACCCGGCGCCGUCGGCCGAGCGCACGGUGCAGCAGUGCUGCGAGAACAUCCUCCUCAACGCCGCCUGGCUCAAACGUGACGCAGACGACAUCCACCAGUAUCUACUGCAGCGCAAAGCGCCCCCCGUCUGAUCUGACCUGACUGCCCUCCCCCACGCGACCCCCCCCCCCCUCCUUUUCGGACCUCCCAGCAUUAUAGCUGCCUCGGCCCCUCCCCCUCAGAGUGGGAGCCCGGCGUGCACUAACAGCAAGCUUCAUUUCUAUACACAAACUCUUCAAAGACUUUCUACGUCUAAAGUUCACACCAGGAUUGUAGUUUAACACACACACACACACACCCCCACCCCCAAUUCUGUCCAGGUACACCAACGCUCGCUGAAACCUGACUGCGCCCUCCACUGCCGCCUCUAGGUUCAGGAAACUGUGAAUUUCCCUCUUUUAUGUGCAGGUUUUUGUUUGUUUUUCUUGAACCCGACUGGUUUAGCGUUAUUGUUCUAACCUGAAGAAAAUAUAUUAACACAAAUUUGGGGCUUGAAAUUUGGUGCACUACAAAUGUACCAAUAUCAGCUGCAAGGGGGCGCUGUGGUAGGCGUGAACUCUAGUACUGCUCCUCAUGAUCAGUGUCUAUAUUUGUCACUUUGUCUCAGAUGUUCAAGCAAAAUGUUAACGAUUUAAAAAAAAAAAAAAAAAAAAACCUCCAAUUAAAGAUUUUUGAGCAGCAACUCCAAAAGUACACUUGAAGUCGUCGAGUUGCGUCACUGCUUGAAUUAAAGUGUUUCAGGUUUUUGAUUCUAUUAGAAUAUAGAUGACCCCCGUGUACACCUGAGUAGAACCAAACAGAACCUUAUGGUUCCAUCAGAGAGGUGGAGCAGUAACAGAACCUGCAUGGUUACGUUAGCUCUUCUUCCAGUGGUUUCUGGGACGAGUCCUUCAGGUGUUCUUCUCGCUGGGCUUUGGGUUCAUGUUUUCUGCAUUUAGAGAUGAUGGUUCUUCUCACUGUGGUUCUGUGGUGCACCAGGACCUGAUCAGACCUUCUCACCUUUUCCAGAUGUAAUCCAGACACGGGUCUCCUGAGAUUUAUCAGUACACUGACAGCCUGACCUCUGACCCCGUAUUAUUUAGGUCACUGAGGCAGACUGCAAAUUUUUUUUUUUUGGUCCCAUUUGUUGUAAAAGUCAGUUUUGAUCUUUGCAUCGUGUGCUGCUCAUUGAGGCCCUUUCAGUCUGUUUGAUCAUUUCUUCUUCUGAAGUGACGUUCACGUUGAGGAGCUGCAGGAAUCCAACCUGCAACCCAAACUAACCCAGCUGCUGGUUAAACUUUAACUUCACCUUCAAUAAAUUUAUUGCAAACAUCUCCUGCUCACUCGGGUCAUAUUUGUUUUGUGUUGGAACAUCUGAGACAAAUAUGAAAAACUGAACUGCACCUCCCCCUCCGGUACAAGACACACCCACUUCUGCUUGAACAGAAUGAACUGGUGUUGGAAAAAAACGAAAUGAUUUACAUGCUGCUUGCUUAGCUUUUUUUUUCCCCUUCAUAUCCUUAUUUUGAUUUAUUUCCCAAAGUUGGUGAAGACAGGUGGCGCUGUAGCUGUGUUUUUAUUUGAAUGCAAUUGUCUCAUUAACACUUUAUUAUCACAUACAUUCAUCACCUUUUAAGGCAGCUGUUUUAAUCCAAGUCCGGAGAUUAAAGGCAGUUAAGGGCACGUUUUAAAUAAGAUUCUUCUUGUUUGGUUUGCAGGAUUACCCAGACGGAUCACCUGAGCUUCACUGAACUUUGGGUGCAGGUUGCACCUAAGGGGAAAUUUAAAUUUAGGGUGGACUUGUGGACAAAAGGGUGGAGCCCAAAAAUGUGAAAGAAAAUCAUUAGAGAGCCAAGAAACCUAGAGAGCAUUCUAUUAAAGAAUAAAAUAAUCAAUCCAAAUCAGCCAAACCAAUUUUCAUGAAAUCAUUGGUAACAAUCCUGAUUUGCACGAAAUUGUGCAAAAUUUUGUGAAUAGUUUUGGAAGUAGGCGUGGGUGUACCCAGAACAUUUUACAGUAAAACAGUUUCAUGUAUAUAACUGUGAAAAUGUUGGGUCUGAUCUGGAACUAUUACAUUUAUUUGAAACUAAGGAAACUUAAUUUUUGUGUUUCUGUGAGGAAAAGUGCUAAUUCCUGGAGCCCAUUUUCCCAAAAUCUUGCUGAAAAAUUUUAAGUAUGUGAUCUGGAAUAAUGAUGUUUUUGGGUAUAUGCAAACAAAGGUGUGGAUCCCAGGACAUCUUAAAAUAUUUGUAUGUCAAAACCAGAUUUAUUUAUUUUUUAAUACGAAGAAAUUAAUAAUUUUGUUUAACAGAACUUUUCUUGAACUUUAUCGCAUUCCUUCAUGGGUGCAUUCAACAGUAUCAAUGGAUCACAAUGAUGAGGACAAAUUUCCACCCGUUUCCUCUUGUAACGACCUUCCGGUGGGGGGUGGGUGCGCAUCAUCAGUGUGAAAUGCUCCACUGGCGUUUACCUGCCGCGGUCGGCUUCUCAGACUUUUUCACGUGCACAUUUUGCGGUUCAGUGCCGGCGGUCAUUUUCCAGACUAAAAAGUAAGAAAAAAAAUCUUUGCUGAGUCUUGAUGGAUUAAUUUCACUGUGACAUUCAAUAACUUAAUUAUGAAAUGAGUUUGCCGAUACUUGAAACCUCGGGACAGUUAAUCCCUCUUUAGUCUACAGUACGGGCUCUGUAACAGAAUCCGUGUCGGUACUUGUUGGCGCCGACCACACCAGGUUCCAGGUUGGUGCAGGUUUGGUUUGACGGGGCGUCCUCGUAAAAGUAUGCGUGCUUACAUUAAUUUUAUGAAGGUUUUGUGGUUUGUGUUGGCUGUUGGUCUCUCUGGAUCCUUUGUUCUGUUUCUGGUUGGAUCUGGCAGAAUGGAGUUGUUAAUUCUCUUACAUUAUAAUUUCCAAUUCGGUGGUAAAGGAGCUGAUUCUGCACUGCUAAUAUAAACUGUUAGGAUGAGGCGAGUAGCACUACCAAGAUACUAAAAUUUAAACUAUUUCCAGAAUGUGUUCCUUUAAGAAAAAAAAAAUGGCAAUGUUGAUGGGAUCUUCAGGAAGCGUCUAAAAAUCUGAUGAUUUUGCGCCCUGAACGAAACGCUAACUGUUUAACGUGUUUUUAUAAAACAUGCGCUGAUUCUGUUUAAUUGUUGAUAGUCUUUUAUUUUGAAGGAGAAAGGACUACAGUACUACUUCUCGCUGCCUUUUUCUUUUAAGGUGUCAUUCCUUGUAGGGUGAAGUCUGGCUCACUCAGGACUUCGCGGACGUGGCGGAUUGACUCGACUCUGCUUUGAGCUCGGAAGCCUUAAACUGGUCGUCCGAUGGGCGGUUAUUAUUAAUUACAUUGACGUCUUGAUCGUUAAAUCCACACAUCAAUCGUAUCUAACAUAAAGCAGACUUGUUGAACGAGUAAAUCUGUAGAAUUUUACAAUUCAAUGUUUGGGGUUUUUUUUUUUUUUUUUUGCAAAUGUUCCCACAGAGUCGCUCUGACCCUUUCAUUGAGACACUUUGUACCCACAACAUUUUUUCUUUGUUUAAAAACUACCGUUGGUGUUCAUUAAAGUGAAAAAUUAUAAUUAAAACAACUGCUGUGACAUUA